AUGGCCAUCUCCUCCCCCGUGUCGGCGGCCCACGUCUCCCACAGCUUCGCAGCCGAUGCCGUUUCUCCGCCCACAGCGCUGCGGCGAUGGGACGGGACUAAGAGGACCUGCGUUAAGUGGGCGAGUUGGGAAAGGGAUCCUGAACUAUGGAUUCAUCACGGGGAUUGCUUCGUCUACUUGCACUGCCAUGGCCGGCCCCAGAAAACUCCAUCCUUCAAGAUUCCGUUUUCGGCCCUCCUAGCGGCCGGCUGCCACCCUUUUGUCGCGCGAUUCCUGGUAACGGACGAUCACCGGCCGCGGACGGCCGACGAGAUUGAGCGAUGGUACCGCCAGAAUGCGGGACGCAACGUCGAGCUCUACGUGCCUCCGCCAUCGACGUCGGACAGAAAGCGAGUUGCGGACCAUCACCUGGCGACGAGAAACCUGCUAGCCUGGGCCACGAGAGGCUCGCUUGUCGGGAAGCAUCUGGGCACCGCUCUCGUCACCCUCUUCAGAAGCAUGCACGAGCUUCGGUCGCCCGUCGCCGACAGCGUGCGCGACCUGGUUGACUACCUCGACGAGAAGGGCUACUUGAGCAUGACGAACCUGCCCCAUCGUGCCCUGGCCCUUUUGACUCUGGCAGAGACCUUUCAGUUGAGGGAGUUGUACAUCCGAGCCUUUGUCCACUGCGUCGGCAUGCGGGAACGACUGGGCGCGAACUCCGAGUAUCAGAAUGUAACCGCCGAGUCGAGGAGGCUCAUCGCCCAGGCACGCGCCCAUAUGGACGCCUCCAUGGACAGGACCUCGGCCAUGCUCCGCAGUUUUCUCGACGAAGAGCUCUCGGAGGCGCACGUCGGCGUCUCGUGCGGCAUCCGGGCCCAUCUGGAGGGCUUUCGCGGCUUUCUCUUGUCCUUCUACAGCGGCAAGUUUGGCUACUACCCCCCGCGAUCCUUCAACGCGACCGUCUACCGCACCAUGGGCGACGACUUUGCGCUGCUGUACAAGCUGCUCAAGGACGAGGGGUUUACGAGCGACGAGAUGAUGCCCUCGGCCGCGGCAGGGGGGAUUUGCGCCCUCCAGCUCGUCCAAUCCGUGGACGCGCGCCUCGGGUUUGAGCCCUUGCAGCACGCACUGCCCCUCCUCCCGCAGCCCGAGCACAAAAGUCCGACGAAACGCGUCUCCUGGCUUGGGCGGAGGGCAAGCAAGUCGGACACGCGGCAACUGGAGCACGCUGCCAUGGUCAGGGCGUCCAACUGGAGGGAAGACGUCUUCCAGAACGACCUCGUCCGGGCGUACCGGCGGUUCGAAGAGAACUUGGUCAUGUCGCCCAGCAAGGCGGACAAACAGGAUCGGGUGUCUCUGGCCGACGCCCGCAAGGCCCGCUGGAUACUGAUCUACGCGGUCCACCAAACCCUGCGCCACGUCAACCGGCAACCACCUGGGGUCAGCGACGACAGCGGCGCGCCUUAUCUCCUCACCGCGCCCAUCGACAACCUGCCGUCGUGGACAGAGUCGGACGAGAACGACCAGACCGACACAGCGACCGAGGACAUGUCGUUUGUCACCUGGGGCAGCACGCUCAUCGAAAGCCCCAAGGGCCGGAUCGAAAUCAAGCCAGACAUUGACUACUUUGCCCUGACGCACAAGGAGUCUUGCUCCGAAAGACGGCAGUCUACGAGCUCGGUCGUUUUCCAAAACGAGACGCCCGCGAUAGAGCGCUCAAGCUCCGUCACCCGCAUCCUGGGCAGCGGCUCGCCUUUCCGCAGAUCGCCUCUGUACCACGAGAUUGUGGUGCACGGCUACGGCAACGGGACCAACGACGUCAGUUUCGAUGCCGCCAGGAUGACAAGGCUCGAUAUGUCGGUCAAGUGGGCUACCCGGAGCGACUCGAAUGCCUCGCAGGCGUGCUCAAGCGCCAGCUCGGGGCUCGCGAGUACGGCCAGCCCGGCCGAGAGCGUGGCCACGUCCAUUUCCACGCCGGGAUCGCCGCCUCCGUUUUCGGAGGUGUGCACCGAGCCGGCGAAGCGUUGGAGCCAGCAGGAGCCGGCGUCGAGCAAGGCGGCGUCGCCUGCCGGCAGCAUCGCCAAGUCCAACUCCCUGAGGAGGCGGCCGAUGAGCACGGCCCUCGAGGGGUUCAGCUACGCAAAGUGCCUGGGCCACUUUGUCGAGCAGGAGAGCCGGAACAUGUUGGCCGGCGCGAGUGGAAUCACGAGACGACACACGACGACGGCGUCGGACCCGAAGCGCCUAGGAUCGCUGGUGUCGCAGGUCUGGCCGACGCAUCUGCCCAACAUCAUUGACGAAGAGCCGUGCGUCCUUGCGCAAGAUUCGUGCGACUGGACGGCAAUGCAGGCGUUUCUGGACGGCAGGAUGGCGGACGUGGAUGCGCACGGAGACGUUUUGCCCGCGUGGGAGCAGUAUGCCGACUUGGGAGGGCUUACUGAGAUGAGAUGA